CUGCUGGGGACAGCCAACAGGUGGCUUUACCCCUUGCCUUCCCCAGUGAAAUAGGCUGAAUUCCAGAUGGUUCUCAGUUUGCUUGAGGGUCAAUGGGGUGGGAGACCUGGAGGCUUAUUUUUUGUAGGGAGCGAGUUCCAUUUUGGUCUCUGUUCACUUGUGUUUGGUGAGUGAGCUUAGACCUUGGGGUUAUAGUGGCCCUCCUGUGGAGUAGGGCACAGGACUGGGGUUCAGGUCAGUACUCCGCGGACCCUGUUGAGUAUGGUUGUAAAUAAUAAACAGGGAAGAGGUGGUCUUGAUGUACCUGGGGGAAAAUGUCGAGGAUAAAAAGAGAACAGCAUGGCCUUCUUUGGGGCCCUAGAGUCUCCCCAUAUGGAGUUCCAGGGUCACUGCCUUUCCUGAGGAUUUUUAACCUGAUUUGGGAGAGACAAAACUCAGGCCUUGGUCUCCAUUUCAGUGUAUGGGAAGAGCGAUGACCUGUCCCUGUCAGUUGGUGAAUUUCUGGCUGGUAUUCCCCAUGGACGGUGGGCCUUCACUUUGCUUUUGGGGGCCUUGCAUGCCUCAGUUUCUGGGAAGGGAAAAUGAGGUACAAGAGGGCAGUGACCAUCUGAGGCAGGAGAGCCCGGGCCAGGGCAGGAGGCACCAGGGUCCCCCGAGGCCAUGAAGACGUGACCCUGUUGCCUUCUGGGGUCCUCCAUGGGAAGCCCCCUUCUCCCUGCUCCCCGCUGCCCCGGAAGCUCGGAGGCCCUGGAGCUGCCAGAGGCAACAGCCACAGCAAGAGUAGUUCAGAGAAGGACUAGCUCACCUGCUCCUCCCCUCUGACUCAAGUCACAACAAGUAACCUGCUUCCUUGGGAGGGACUGCGGGCAGGCGGGACCAGAGGGAGGGACCGACAGCCAUCAGCGUGCAGAGAGUCGAGCCAGGUCAGAGAGAGAGCACAGGGAGGCCGGCCCGGGGCCUGGAGGACCCUGAAGCGACAUGCAACGCCGCUCGGCCCCCUGACCUGGGAACAGGGUGCUUCCAGGACUCCUGGACUGAACCCAGAAGCAGCUGGGGAAACUCCAGGCCACCUGCACGUCCUGGCCCAGGUUGGGAACGGUGUCACCCCUCCCUGAUCUGUGCCCCCUCCUCCCAGAAGUCCACCAUGGAGAGUAAGGAUGAGGUCAGCGACACCGACAGUGGCAUCAUCCUGCAAUCUGGCCCCGACAGCCCGGUCUCCCCAGUGAAGGAGCUGACCCAUGCGGUGCGCAAGCAGCAGCGGGCCCUGGAGGAGCGGCUGGAGGCCUGCCUGGAGGAGCUGAGGAGGCUGUGCCUGAGGGAAGCGGAGCUGACGGGGAUCCUGCCAGCAGAGUACCCCCUCAGACCAGGGGAGAAGGCCCCCAAGGUCCGCCGCAGGAUUGGAGCAGCCUACAAACUGGACGAGCAGGCCCUGCACAGAGAGGACCCCCUGAGCAGCCUGGAGUGGGAGCUGGCCCUGCAGCUGCAGAUCGCCGAGGCGGCGAGGCGGCUGUGCCGGGAGGAGAACGUGGGCAGGCAGGCCCGCCGGCAGCGGAAGCUGGCCCUGCUGCAGGAGGAAGAGAAGCUGCGCGCGCUGGAGCGCUGCCUGGGCGAGCAGCGGUGCCACAGCGGGCCCCCUCCCGCCACCCCGCUCCCCCUGGGCCGAGAGCUCAGUGCCUCCGAUGACAGCUCCCUGUCGGAUGGGCUGCUCUUGGAGGAAGAGGAAUCCCAAGUGCCAAAACCUUCCCCGGAGUCCCUGGCUCCACUCUCCCGGCCUCUCCCGCCCCAGAGCCUCGAGGGGCUGCAGCCAGCAGGACCUGAGACUGGGGGCCUGGAGCGGGCCCCGAUCCAGAACAGCCCCUGGAAGGAGACCAGCCUGGAUCACCCCUACGAGAAGCCCAGGAAGUCUUCUGAACCCAACAGCGAGUCCAGCAGCCCAGCCAGCACGCCGCAGGGGGGGCCCAGCGCCUCCAGCCCGUGGCUACUGGAGCCCGCCUCCUACCAUGUGGUUCCCGUCCGCAGCAUUCCCAGCCAGCGGCAGGGCCGCACCAGUGCCCCAGCCACCCCCGAGAUGCAGGGGAGGAGGGGCCAGUCGCAGUCUCUGAGGAUGGAGUCCUUCCGGGCGGGUCCCGAGGGCCGGGGGCGCAGCGCCUUCCCCCGCCGCCGCCCCACCCACUACACAGUGACAGUGCCGGACUCCUGCUUCCCCCGGACCAAGCCCCCACUGCCCCAGGCCGCCUGCCACUCCUGCUCGGAAGACAGCGGCUCGGACGUGUCCAGCGUCUCUCACCCCACCUCGCCGGGCAGCAGCAGCCCCGACGUCUCCUUCCUGCGGCCGCUCUCCCCACCCGAGCUGCCUCGCCUGCGCAUGGCCUGGGGCCCGGGGGGCGGCAGGGAGCUGGCUGCCCCCUCGCCCAGGCUGCUGCUACCCCCCGGCUGUGUCCCGGCCGCACGCUACGUGCUGGUGGCCCAGAGCCACCUGCCGCCGGGCGAGUGGCAACUGUGCGGCGCGGGCCGGGGCCCCAGCGACGACGAGGAGGGGGCGCCCCUGCGCUGCCAGUGGCUGGUGCCCCCCCGCAGCCACCUGGUGCGGACGCCCUCGCUCAAGGACAGCCCAGCCGGCCGAGGGCUCAGCAGGGCCGCCGUGACCGAGGAGCUCCGCUGCUGGCACGAGCGCGCACGGCUCCGCAGCGCGCGCCCGCACUCGCUGGACCGCCAGGGGGCCUUCCGCGUGCGCAGCCUGCCCCCUGGCAGAGAGGGCCUCGGGCCAGCUCCGGGUGCCCGGACGCAGGUGCCCACAGGCUAUGUACUGCGGAGAUCGCCUGAGGGGGGCCCUGUGCAAGUCUUUGUCCCUGAGAACGGCGAGAUCGCCAGCCAGGUGUAACCCAGGCCAGGUGUACCUGCGCUGCAAAUGCCUCGGCCCGGCUGCCGGAGACUGUUUCAUAGCGGGCCU